AUGCCAGGGACUUUGCUUCCUCCCAGAACCCCCCGGCAUCACGCACAGAUGGAGCGAAACUCAGCCUCCGAGCCGGAUCUCUAUCUGAUCUUGAUAGGGCUCUCUGCUGACAAGAGAUCCAAGGUCAUGGAGCGCGCCUGUAAGCAGCUUCCUCGGUCCUACAAGCUGUGGAAGAUGUAUCUUGAAUUUCGGAUCAAGCACCUUCGCGGUCGGAACCCAGCCAUUCACCGUGCAGAAUAUCAGAAGGUCAACUCCCUCUUUGAGCGGGCCCUCAUACUGCUCAACAAGAUGCCUCGGAUCUGGGAGAUGUACCUCUCGUUCCUUCUUGAGCAGCCUCUCGUGACCCAGACCCGUCAUUGUUUCGAUCAGGCCCUUCGAGCCCUGCCGAUCACCCAGCACAAUCGUAUUUGGAAGCUGUACAAGGCGUUUGCCCGUUCUGCGUCCGGGGAGACCGCAGUGCAGAUAUGGAGGCGGUACAUGCAGGUUCACCCGGAAAAUGCGGAAGAGUUCAUUGAGCUGCUCGUUGAGACUGGUCAUUACACGGAGGCGGUGAAAAAAUACAUGGAUAUUCUCGACGACCCGCGCUUCCAGUCAAAGGAAGGCAAGAGCCAUUUCCAGCUGUGGAGCGAGAUGGUAGACUUGCUUGUCUCUAAGGCGAAGCAAAUCGACACUAGUGCCCACGGAGGAAUUGACGUCGAUGCAAUCAUUCGGAGUGGGAUCGAGCGAUUUGCUGACCAGAGAGGAAAGCUCUGGGCUGGCCUUGCCACGUAUUGGAUUGCGAAGGGCGAUUUUGAAAAGGCUAGGGACGUCUUCGAGGAGGGCAUCACUACCGUCAUGACCGUGCGUGAUUUCACCAUGAUUUUUGACUCCUAUGUCGAAUUUGAGGAGUCAGUUAUCAGCAAUCUUAUGGAUCAAGCCGCCGCUCGUUCCAAAAAAGGAAAAGUCGACGAGGAUGCGGAUUUUGAGCUCGAUCUGCGCAUGUUACGUUUCGAGCAACUCAUGGAUAGACGUCCGUUCCUUGUGAAUGAUGUUCUCCUCCGGCAGAACCCCAAUAACGUCAUCGAAUGGGAAAAGAGGGUCGCACUGUGGGGUGAUAAUAAGACUGAGGUCGUCAAUACAUACACGGCCGCCAUCGCCGCCAUCAAUCCUAAGAAGGCACAUGGCAAAUUCCAUGAGCUCUGGGUCAAUUAUGCGAAGUUCUACGAGCAGGGUGGGGACCUCGACACUGCGAGAGUGAUUUUCGACAAAGCGGUCAAAGUACCUUUCAAGACAGUGUCCGAGCUGGCAGAUACUUGGUGUGAGUGGGCUGAAAUGGAGCUUCGCCACGAGAAUUUUGAUAGGGCCGUCGAGAUCAUGGCGAAAGCGACUCAAGCUCCGAAACGAUCUACUGUUGACUACUUCGAUGAGAGCCUUUCCCCUCAGCAACGUGUCCACAAAAGCUGGAAGUUGUGGAGUUUCUAUGUGGACCUCGUCGAGAGCGUUGGCACUCUGGAGGAGACUAGGCAGAUCUAUGAGCGGAUCUUCGAACUCCGGAUUGCUACGCCCCAGACGGUUGUUAACUAUGCGAACCUUCUGGAGGAGCACAAGUAUUUCGAGGAAUCUUUCAAGGUCUACGAGCGGGGACUGGAUCUUUUCAGCUAUCCCGUGGCUUUCGAGCUUUGGAAUCUUUAUUUGACCAAAGCCGUCGAUCGAAAGAUCAGUAUCGAGAGACUGCGGGAUCUCUUUGAGCAAGCAUUGGAUGGAUGUCCUCCGAAAUUCGCGAAGACCCUGUAUCUUAUGUACGGUAAUCUUGAGGAAGAGCGUGGUCUGGCGAGACAUGCUAUGAGGAUAUACGAGCGCGCUACGCGAGCCGUCGCCGACGAGGACCGCUUUGAGAUGUUCGACUUUUACAUCACCAAGUCGGCGUCGAACUUUGGACUGACAUCGACCCGGCCGAUCUACGAGCGCGCCAUCGCCACUCUGCCCGACAAGGAGGCCAAGGAUAUGUGUCUCAAAUUUGCCGAGAUGGAGAGAAGACUGGGCGAGAUCGAUCGGGCACGUGCCAUUUACGGACACGGAUCCCAAUUCUGCGAUCCUCGCACCAACGCCGAGUUCUGGCAGAAAUGGGAGGCCUUUGAGGUGCAGCACGGCAACGAAGACACCUUCAAGGAGAUGCUUCGCAUCAAGAGAAGCGUCCAGGCUCAGUACAACACUGAUGUCAACUUCAUCGCGUCUCAGGCCAUCGCCCGCAGUCAGCAGCAGCGCGCUCAGGAAGCCGGCCAAGGGGGAGAAGAGGAGAACAAAGAGCGGGCAGACGCAAUGGCAGCGCUGGAGCGUCAGGCUCGAGCUCCGAUGGGUUUCGUUGCUGCCAGCACCGGCCCCGAAGGCGGCACCCGGGCUACGCCGGCAGACCAGCAGAAGCAGCAGCCUCCUGCGGCGCCUGUUAAUCCCGAUGCUAUCAAUCUGGAUGACGAUAUGGAUGCAGAGUAA